UGUGAGCCAGGUUACAGAGGGAAGUACUGUAACGAUUCAUGCCCAUCACAAUGUACAGAAUGCCAGCAGCACGGUGUGAACUGUAUAGGACAAUGUCACAGAUGGAACUACCACGGAAAUGAUUGUACUCUUCAGUGCCCGGUACAAUGUCGUGAAUGCGUCAAGGAGACAGGAUUGUGUGUCCAGUGUGCUGAACAGCACUGCCGGGCUGGGUGCGGUGAUCAGUGCACACCUUGUAAAGGGGAAGACUGCCAUAGUCCAACAUGUAAAAUGAUAUGUCCUGCAAACUGCGUCGAGUUUACCUAUUUCAGUAAGACAUGUAAUACACCAUGUAUCAACAAGAACUACUUUGGACAGGCUUGUAACAUCCCCUGUUUUGAUAAAUGUGAUACGUGUGAUAAAGACACUGGGAAAUGUAUUAGUUGUAAACUGGGACUGAGAGGAGAGUUGUGCGAUUACACAUGCCCUUCUAACUGUACACAGUGUGAGCGCUAUGGGGACAUAUGUAUUGGUGCAUGCCCAAACAGUGGUUACUAUGGACGCGACUGUUCGAUCCAAUGCCCUGUCAGCUGUGAAGGUUGUCACAAGGAAACUGGUCUGUGUAUUGAGUGUGCCGAGGGAUUCAGCAGGACAUACUGCGAUGAAAUAUGUUCUCCGUGCUCAGAGAACACCUGUUACAGAACACCUUGUCGAAAACGUAAAACUGACCACACCGUGGCCAUUACUAUUGGAACAGUUGCUGUAGUCAUUUUGCUGGCAUUGAUCAUUGCGUUUUGGAGACACACGCAGAAGAGGAACAGAAUCCAUGUUAGCGGCACAAACGGCACCACUCACAGCGAGUACAGUGACAGCCUGGCACACAGGUACUGGGAAAUAGGUGAUCAUUACGAGUCUGGUCAGACAAGUCCCCCGCAACCUGAACAUGCAGUUCAACCUGCAUUGCCUCUCACAGAAAUCCCCCACAGAAGACUUGCAACAAGGAACCUUUUGACAGAUGGCCAGCGAUGUCAAAGAAAAUCGUCUUCUUUGUCAGAGACAAGAGCAGUGAGUGAACCCGAACUGACAGCUCCGGAUGCUGCUGUAGGUGAUGGUGUUGUAAGAGCCUCGUCCUUGCUGUUGUUGAGAGGAGCAUCAGCUGGGAGUGACAAUGAGUCACAGUAUCAGAGUAGUCAGGAAGUAGGUGACGCUGAUAUGGUUAUGUCCGAACAAAUCGAGCGAUUGACCAGAAAGACUCCUUCAAUUAUAUUUAUUGAAGAACAUUGUGAUCUGUCAAAUGUAUUUGUGAAAUAUCUUGCCACAAACAAAGUUGAGGAUAAAAGUUCACCUUAAAUAUAAAUGAUAUUACAAAGGAUAUCCGGUUCCGGUACCUCGUGCUUAUCAACGCCAAAAAAUGGGAUCAUUCGCUACGCGAUGAAUCUGGCCGAUUGUGUGUCAUCGUUCAGGUUUAAUCCCUGGUCUUUGAAAUGUUGCUGAGGCCUAAAGUGGUUACUUUCCGCAAACCAUUCUUUAUCCGUUUAGUUUUCAU